GGCCGGCGCGCCGGCUGCGGCGCACGAGACGCGGCGCAUGCUGGGAGCCGUGGUCCCGGCUGGCGCGCGGGCUCCUCCCUUCAGCGCCGCCGUGUCGCCUCCCGGGAGUGUCCGCCCGCCUGCCCGCGGGUGAGACCCGGUUCCAAGGCUGCAGCCAUCCCGUAUCUCACUGGAGGUCUGCUGCCCAAUGGCCAUCCCCAAGAGCCCUGUGAGCCCGGUGCCCUGGGAACAAGAUGGCUUUCUACAAGUGAAGGUGGAGGAUGAGGAGGCCAGCCUCUCUCAGGUCCAGGAAUCUAGCUUUGGCCACACUGCCCACCCCGAGGCUGCACGUUUGCGCUUCCGACACUUCUGCUUUGAGGAGGCAUCCAACCCACACGAGGCCCUGGCCCAGCUCCGUGAAUUCUGCCGCCAGUGGCUGCGGCCCGAGGUGCACUCCAAGGAGCAGAUGCUGGAGCUGCUGGUGCUGGAGCAGUUCCUGGGCGCGCUGCCCCCUGAGGUCCAGUCUUGGGUGGGGGCUCAGUGCCCCAAGAGUGGCGAGGAGGCUGCUGUGCUGGUGGAGGAUCUGACUCAGGCAGUGGACAAGAGAGGCUGGGUGCUGGGAUCUGAGCUCUCAGAGCUGAGCUGUAAGCAGAGCCGUUUGGAAGAGUCAGAACCAUCCGACAGGGCCCCUGAAACCCUGGGAGGAGGGCUUUCCCCGGGACCCACCUUCAGCGAUGCCUGUGAACCCGAGGGCAGCUCGGAGAGGCAAGCCAGGCUCUCAGGGGAGAUGUGGACGAAGUGUGUCACCCAAGAGAUGGAUUUCAGAACUUCAGGGCCUCACAAGGACACCCCCACAGACCAGCCCAGCUGCGAAGCUCCUGCCUUGGGGGACAGUCCCAGCGUGUGGCCUGAUGUCACCUCCCAAGAGGAGACUCCUUCCGAAGAGAAGCUGGAUCCGCUGGAUGCUCGUGGGGCAGAGCCUCCGGGCACGGGCUCGGGGUGGGCGCCCUCCAGGUGUGGUGAGUGUGGGACGCUGUUCCAGAGCCCCUUGGCCCUGGAGGCCCACCAGAAGAGCCACGCUCGGAGGACGCCCUACACCUGCAGCGCGUGCGGGAAAGCUUUCAGCCGGAGCGCGCACCUGGCCCAGCACCAGGUGGUCCACACAGGCGCUAAGCCUCACGAGUGCACGGAGUGCGGGAAGGCCUUCAGCCGGCUCACCCACCUGACCCAGCACCAGCGCAUCCACACCGGGGAGAAGCCCUACGCGUGCACAGACUGCGGGAAGGCCUUCAGCCGCAGCACCCACCUCACCCAGCACCGGCGCAUUCACACCGGGGAGAAGCCCUACAGGUGCGACGCCUGCGGCCGAGCCUUCAGCGACGGCUCGGCUCUGAUCCGGCACCUGCGGACGCACUCCGGGGAGAAGCCCUAUCGGUGCCGGGCUUGUCCCAAGGCCUUCGCGCAGAGCUCCUCCCUCAUCGAGCACCAGAGGGUCCACACGGGGGAGAAGCCCUACAAGUGCAGCGACUGCGGGAAGGCCUUCAGCCGCAGCUCAGCCCUCAUGGUGCACCUGCGGAUCCACAUCACCGUCCUGCAGUGACCGAGGACGCCUCCCCACAGAGGCUCGGAGAGAAAGCGGAGUUCAGAAGGAGCUGGGGGGGGGGGGGGGGGCGGAGAGUGGGUGACCAGUGAAUUGCCCCCAAUGACACGGUGCUGCAGGGCAGACUGCGGGGCUGUCCGGGAACCACUCUUCAUUCGGGAACCCAGAUGGAGGCCGCUGAUGAACAUAAAGCUGUGCAGACCCGCUGGAGAAGCUUUUGGAAGGCUCCCACUGCCCUCCGUACCCCACGCAAGGCCCUCUCCCAGAGAGGACAGCUGGGCUGAGGGUGUGGAUUGGUCCUCGGAAGCAGGGCAGUCGGGCUCACGUUGCUCUCAGGACUCAGUGGUCUCCGGAUGCUUGGGGCGGGGAGGCUUCUGCUGCACACUCCCACAUGGAGUCUCUUCUUCCGGUCCUCUCCUGCCUAGCACGGGAGGGAGACCUGCCUGUGCCCACCUCUGUGCCUUUGCACAUGCUGUUUCUCUCCACCUUUUCAUGUCUGACCCAGGGCCGGCUUCUGAGGCUGCCCCUCCAGACCCUCAGCCUCUCCCACAUUUUCUCUGUCCUGAGGGUGCUGUUGGCCGCUUCUCCUUCCCCCUCCUUCCACAUCCCACCAGUCAUCAGCCCUGUUGGCUUUCCUUACAACCACCUCUACUCCAUCUUCUCCACCGUCAUUACCUUCUGUGAGCCCACACCGACUGUCACCUGGAUUCCAGCAGGGGUCUCCUUCCUGGCCCCUUCCUGCCUUCAUCACACACACACACAGCACACAGCACACACAUCCCAGACCACACACACACACCACACACAUCCCAGACACACACAUCCAGACACACACACAGCACACACAUCCCAGACCACACACACACCCCACACACAUCCCAGACCACACACACAGACACAAACACAGAGACACACACACACAGCACACACAUCCCAGACCACACGCAUACACCCCCCCCCCCCACACACACACACACUGUUGUUCCCUUUUCCUCACCGGCCUCCAGCAGGCUCUUUCCACAGCCCGAAACUGAUUGUGUCUCUCCAUGGUGGGAAGCUCUCCACUGCGUCACCUUCUAUAGCAAAGCUUCCUGAAUGGGUUACAAGUUUGCUAAGACAUAAGCCGCUUUGGGUGCCAAGCCGUUUCUCCAGUUACCUUCCUAUAUGUUUAUGAAUAUUGUCAUUUUUCUGUGUGUGUGCAGUGAAGUGAAAAUGGUUUCAGAGUACUGCCCUGUGGGAUAAACCUCAAGCUCCGUCACCUGCCAUUCACAGUCAUUUGUGACUGGCCCUCAGCUUUGUGUCCCGUGGCCCCACCUCCCAUACACCAGCCACAUGGAACAGUAUGUGGUUCCUGCAGAAGCCAUACUUGUUUCCCGUGGACGUGCCUUUGUGCCUGUGCCUGGAACCCUCCUCUCUUCUUCCCUCCAAGGUGUCUCCAGUAUCCCUCCCCAGCCUCCUCGAACAGACUUCAGCUUGCCCCCCUGCUUCCAGAGUGCCUCCUACUUACUCCUCUUAAACCUUCUACCAUAUUAUAUGUACUCCUACAGCGCUUAGCGUUUGUGUUUCCGAAGGACACUGUCAUCUUCCAAGAGCAGGGGCCGUGUCUUUAUUUAUUUGGCUGCACCCGGUCUCCGUUGCAGCAUGUGGGAUCUUUUCGU